GAGGAUUUUCUACCGGUGUUUCUGGCUCUACUUUUAGCUGCAAGUUCCUCCUACCUAACAUUUAACUACAAAGUACCUACCUACCCAACCACCCCCGCCGCUGCAUCUCCAAGGGUCAAUCAGUCGGCAGUUCGUCGGGUCCCUUGGCUACAUACCUACCUUACUCUAGCAGAUAGAUACACCUACUCUUCGUCACCGCCUCUAUCGUGCUUGCUUUUCCAAACAAACGUUGCCUCCUUGUUC